CAUUGGGUUAUUCAAAGCUCUACUUAAAGCCAAUUUCGAACUAAGACAACAUUUCUGAAUAACAAUAAUAUUAGAAUAAAUGUAAUGGAAAUGACAAAGAGAUUUUACAGUAAUUUAAAAUUAACGUGCGCAACUGCUGUCUUUUUAUCUUAGAACUUAAGUUCUGUUAUCAUCGUUUCCUGAAAUACAGUAUUAAAGGGAAAAAAUACUAAAAUCAAUAUUUUCAUGCUGACCACAGCCCACAGUCUCGAAUGAGAUGUUACAGCUCAAAAACUAAGACAUUUACAUUCCGUUAAAAAGAAAACAGAAAAUGAAUGCGAAUUAGGAAACUAUUCUAUUUUUUUAUUCAACCUGCGCCUUCUUCAAAUGUUUUCAAGAUAUGUUUAAAGGUACUCUGUGAAGGAAAAAAUAUCGAAUUCAAGUUAACAGGAAGACGAAACAAUGGUACUGAAAAUUAAUUAAAUAUCAAAAGCAACGUAUGAGGUUCAUUUUCAUAUCAUUGAUUUUAGGAAAAGAGAGGAUUUUAAAUCUUUGAAGUAAAACCAUCUUAUCAGAAAAUUAAAAAAUAGAUGAAAAACAUUUUUUGCGGAAUAUUAAGGAUUUUUGUUAUAGAGCUCUCAGAAAUGCAUUAAGAUAAGUAAAAUAAUCGUCUCUGAGAAUUAAUAAGAUAUUUUUAAUGAUGGAAAAUAAAAAGCAAUGGAAGAGGUGAAAAUUAUCUGAGGUUUGCGAAUAAAAUUUUUAAUACUUAAAAACGUAGGAAAUUAGCACUGUAUGUAUUACUUCAGAGAAUAUUCAAUAACAAUUCUCAUAUGAUUGAAAGCUCUCAUACAUUUCUCUAAACGUGCUCCCACAUAAACAGAAUUUUCUUAACUCGCUUCAGAUAUAAAUUCAGAGGACAUUUCUUCGAGAUUUAACAGCAAGAAAUGUAGGAGAUCUAGAACAGAACCUACACUAGUUUUCAUAAAGCUAUUCUUUACGAAAAUUGAAUUUUAUUUCCUAUAGAUAUUGAAACGAAUUACCAAACGUAUGAUUUCAAAGAAAAUUUAAUGAUAUGUCUCUCAUGGUCCCGAAAAUACUGUGACAGAAGCACCCUAAAGAAUAUUCAUACAAUUCUGUAAUCAAGGUGUUUCUUUAAAGGAAGAAUCCUAAUGAAGAAAUUCCUUUGAAGAAAGUUCUACAUUUAAAACCAAAAUAUAUUUUUAAGUGUUCAUUAAUUUGAAGUUGAAAUUUUAUAAAUACCUAGAGAAAAACCGUUCCAGAAACCUGUGUUUAUAUUUUAGUUAACCAUGCAUAGUGAUUUGGAUUACAACCCAAAUACUGUAUUUCUGCCAUCUGAACCACUUCAGCAACAACAAGGACCCGGGCUUCGGAACGCCAGUCCCACAAAUAGUAGUGUAAUGUGCACUAAUGAGUAUUGUGUAUCGGAUGAGGACUACAUGGAAAUGAUCGAAGCGUACAUAUUUCCAAGCACAUAUGAAUGGCUUUUGAUAGCCCUUCAUAUAACAGUUUUCUUUGUUGGGCUGAUAGGAAACGCUCUGGUUUGCAUCUCUGUCUACAGGAAUCAUUCAAUGCGGACAGUAACGAACUAUUUCAUUGUGAAUCUUGCUGUGGCCGAUUUCUUGGUGAUUCUCUUCUGCCUGCCUCCAUCUGUCCUGUGGGACGUGACUGAAACAUGGUUCUUCGGAAGUCUAAUGUGUAAACUGGUGCUUUAUUUGCAGAGCGUGUCCGUAUCCGUUUCGGUACUGACUUUGACUUUCAUCUCCAUCGACCGUUGGUAUGCUAUCUGCCAUCCUUUGAAAUUCAAGAGUACGGCCAGCCGGGCGAAGAAGGCUAUUAUCAUUAUCUGGUUUACGUCCCUGAUUCUGGUUCUACCGGAUGCUCUAGUCAUGGACACCAUGAAGAGUUCUGAGCUAAGGGUGGAGACACAUUACUUUACCGAUUGCACGUAUACCUGGAACAACCAUUACACGAAAAUAUACCAGUUGCUGAUAGUGUUCUUUCUAUAUUUUGCUCCCUUCUUGUUCAUGUCCUUCUUCUACAUUCAGAUUGUAAAAGUAUUGUGGAAUAAGAAUAUACCAGGAAGCGCGGAAGUUAACUCCAGGCAAAUUAGAACAGCUGUUGUAAAGAGCAGCGGCAAUGGAGCCAUCAGCCUCACUUCUGCUACAGCCACUUCGUCGUCUUCUUCCGGCAUUGAGACCCAGAUUCGAAGUCGAAGGAAAGCAGCCAAAAUGAUUAUAUCCGUCGUUGUACUAUUCGGACUGUGCUACAUGCCGGUGCAUCUCAUUAAUACGCUCAGAUAUACAACUGGUUUACCGCAGACUCAACUUACAACAGUAGCGUCUUUGAUAUCUCACUGGUUGUGUUAUGCCAACAGUGCUGUCAAUCCAAUUAUUUACAACUUCAUGAAUGGUAAAUUCCGACGAGAGUUCCGAAAGUCCUUCUGCUUUCUGUGCACCACAGAAGUCGAUACCCAGACACCAACAAUGACCCAAACUCUCAAGGGAGUUUAAGAUAGAUGAUUUGAACUGUCCAAAAAGACCGUUAUAUCCCUCAGAAAAUUAAAUUACGCAUGCAAUUGCAGAUAGUCAAAUAUAUGAGAUCGCAAGAUUUUCUUGAUUAUCCCAGAAACGUGAUGAUUGUGCAAGAUAGCAACGCUCCUAGGUGAUGAACUGUUUCCCGUAAGCUGAUGACAACUAGCAGAUAAAAGAUAAGAGAACAUUACAAGUAAUAAAUAUAUUGUAAAGUGCUUUACAAGUACAUCGAUUGUAAAAGGACAAGAUAGGAACAAGUAUGAUGGAUACCCAGUUUGUAAGGUAAAACGUUAGUGUUUAUGGACAGCUGUCCGAUAAGCAGAUCUCAUUCGAUAAAAAUUCUGAAAUUUGGAUCAGAAAGGACAUUUAUGUAAAAUAAUGUGCAACAGUUCUGAAAGUAGAGUGAAGCUUUGUUAUCUGCAAAGCACAAAGAACAAGUCGCAUUUCUUUAGAAAUAUUAAUUUAAUAACCCUUCAAGAAAUAUAGCAGAUUCAACUGUAAGAAUCAUUUUGAGUCUGCAUUUAAUUACGCGUAAAUAAUCACUUGAUCUUGAUAUCUAUGUUAACAUCAAUAAUCAUCUGAUCUUCAGAUUUAUGGUAGCAUCAACAAUUAUUAGAUCUUCAGAUUUAAGACAGUAUAUAUCUUUUCUAUUACAUGAUACUGUUGUAAUUAACAUAUUAAUGUUUUCUUGCAUAUUCGUGUUAACUAAUCGCAUAUCAAUAUUUCGCUGUUUUAAGAUUGCAUAUCUAUAACUUACCUUUUUAAAUUUCGACAAAACACUCGAGUAGUUUUAAAAGGUCCCUAGAUUUUAUAUAGAUUUCGCGUUUGAAACAAUGGACUAUAAAUAGCCUUUGAUUGUGGUAUUUUGAGAUAUUUCUCAAAUUAUUUAUGAAUUAAUUAAAGGUGUUAUUUUAUUGCGUCUA